AUGUGGGACGGGAACGAUGGAAAGAUGGCGGCGGCUAUGGUACAAAUGUCAUGUUUGUAUCGGGGAAUGUUAGCGGUCAGAGCUACCGGCAUCAGGACGCUGAUCCCCGGCCUGGUCCCAGCGCAGUUCCGAGCCUUCUCUGUGCGGAAGGAGCCGGAUUUGGAGGAGAACCCGUUCUUCGGCAAGUACCAAGACAAGAUCCAGCAGCUGCGCAGUGCCAAACCACAAGAGUACAAGACACGACUAGAGAAACGUCAUGAGGCCCAGAAGGAGGUGCUGGGACACUCCAAGCAGGCCGAGUUCGUCAGGCUCAUGGAACAGGAGUUUGAGAAAAGAGACAAAAUGGCUGCAGGUGAUGAAGCAUCAGGAGGUUUCACUAAGAACAAGACGCUGGGCUCCAUCCUCAACCUGGAAUUGAUUAGGGACAAGACGGGUGAGGAAAUUUCAGAGCUUUGGAUGAAAUAUUACUCAACAAAGGACACAAUCAGCGCUGUCAUCCCGACACAGAUCUAUGAUGUGAUUUUCAACAGAGCAAAGUCCUGCCCGAUGUUUCUUUACGCAUUGCCCCAGAAGGAGGGUUACGAGUUCUUUGUGGGUCAGUGGUCUGGACACGAGUUGCACUUUACCUCUCUUAUCAACGUCCAGACGCUGGGUGAGAACGCUCCCAGUCAGCUGAUCCUCUACCACUACCCGGACCUAAAGGAGGAGAAGGGCAUUGUGCUCAUGACAGCUGAGAUGGACACCAGGUUCAUAACCAUCCAUCAGGCUCAGUGCUUGGCCAAUCAGGUGCAACUGUUCUACAGCACACAGAGGCAGGAGACGUACCGAUUGGUGGAGACAUUUAACCACCACCCUGCAGACUUCAAACACAUGUCCGUGAUAGCAGAGCUGGAGCAGAAUGGGCUGGGCUCUGCAGCCUCCCUCGGGGGUUCUUGAGCUGGACUGAAAUUAGCAUCAGACUGCCUGCUGUCAGAUGUCCAGGAACUGCUGGUCUAAUGUACCACCACAAAUAGAUGUUUUGUUACUCAGCACUUUCCAGUGGGAUGGAGCUGCUUCUCAUACAGUGUAUAAAGUUUGCGGUAAAAGCUGUGUUUUGGGGAAAAGAAGCACAGAUAGCUUUUCAUAAACUUGAAUAAUCUGCAACACAUAUUGUGCAUUCAUUUGAAACUGCAGAAAACAUUGUAGUAGUGGCAUAUUCUAUAAUGAAUAAAUCACACUGUAUCCAAGUCUUCAUAUCUGACUGGACCAAAGGGACUUUGUUAGCCCAUUAGCAAACCCUGCUACCAUUUUGACACUUCGUCUUUAAACAGUUAAUUUAAUUCUGAAAUUUACCGAUACGUUCUGAAUAUUUUACCAGAUUUUUCAUCUGCUUGUUCUUAAAAAAACCUUUGAUGUGUGGUUUAGACAAAGCACUAAAGUUCGGUUUCAGCGCUGUUGGUCAUGUUCACAUGCUGUCAUCGGGUGGUGGGAGACAGUCUUGAUAACUGUAAUUGACCCUGCUUGUAAUUUCCAAAGGAAAUGGUGAUCUGACUAAUCCCUUUCAAAAUUGAAUGAAUGAAAGUUCAAUAUUAAAUUGAAAACCUGCUUGCUGAA